CUCAAUCUCUUUCAGAUGCAUAUAUAUCUAUACAUAUUUUAAAUGACUAACUCACUAAGCAUUCAAUGGUAAGAAAAUAUAUAUAUAAUGAGUUUUAUUCACUUAAGUAUAUCGAUAAGUAUAUGAGAUAAUUCUUAGACUUAUUCUUCUUCUUCUUCUGCCUUUCAAUGAUUUAACUGGUUGAGUUUAGGAAUUUUCCUCUAUUGGUUCGCAGAAUAUUAACCAAUCUAUCAAAAUGAAAAUGAAAAUCCUGUUUGUUUGUUUGCUUUUUCUCUUUGAGCAUGAAGUAAUUCAUUUUUGUUUGCUUUUUUUUUAGAAAAAAAGAGGAGUAUUUCACUUUAUUUUAUUCAGUAGUACUUCUCCUUUUUUUUUGAAAAUAUUCUUUCGGAACAUUUAAUAUUGAUGAUUAAAUGAUUUCAUAGUAUUAACAAUAGUCAUAGUAAUAUUUUAUAGAUUAAUAAAAUACUGACGAUCAUUUAUGAGAUUUCAUUUUGAAAUUGAAUGAUACCAAUUUUCUUGUUUGAAUUCAUCUUCUAUAAGCAAAACAAAAGAAGGAAAGUAAUCAGAAUAAUAUCACUAUAAUUUGACAAUAUCCAUAACUGUCAACAUCAUCUCAAUUAGAAAAUAAGAAAACAUUUUUAAUGAAUAAAUAAGUCAAAAUUAUUAUUAUUAUUAUUUACAAAUGGAAAUAAAUAAUACCAAUACUAAUAUGAAUACAAAUGGGGAAUUAUCGUUAAAAGAACAAAUACAAGGGAAAGUGAUGAGUUUCUUAACGAACAAAGGAGUUGUCAAGCCUGAAACCAAUGCAGGCUAUGGACAAAUGAACACUGACGGAUCAGGUGGGACAGCGUACGCUGAUAACACAUGUCAAGGAAAAUGCUUGUACUUCUUAUGCUGUCAUUGUUCAAAGCGUUAUUAUACGGCAUGGCUAUCAAGUUUAGGCUUUAUGAUUACAUUUGGUAUUCGUUGUAAUAUGAGUUGGGCUAUGUUGACUAUGCAAGCUAGACACAUAGCAGCAAAUCUGUCUCAUUUACCACAUUCUAAACAUUAUGAGCAUACACAUCAUGAAUCUGGUGAUCAUGUGGUUGGAUUUGGUGGACUGAUGAAUGUAACGGCGAAACCAGAUUUUUAUUGGACAGCUGGUCAAAGAGGAUUUGUGGAUAGUUCAUUUUUUUAUGGUUAUUUAAUAACUCAAAUACCUGGUGGAGUAAUAGCAUCUAAAUUUCCAGCUAAUAGAUUAUUUGGUAUAGCUGUUGGUGGAAGUGCUUUUUUAAAUUUAUUAUUACCAGCUGCUUGUAAAAUUCAUUUUGGAUUAGUUAUGAUAAUAAGAAUGUUACAAGGUUUAGUUGAGGGUACAUCUUAUCCAGCAUGUCAUGGUAUAUGGAGAUAUUGGGCUCCACCACUUGAACGUUCUCGACUAGCGACAAUUGCAUUUUGUGGUUCGUAUGCAGGUGCAGUACUUGGAUUAUCACUUUCCGGUCUACUGGCUCAACAAAUGGGAUGGCAGUCACCUUUUUACUUCUAUGGUGUUGUCGGUCUUAUGUGGUUCUUUUGGUGGUGGAAUGUAACACAUGAACGCCCUUCCUUACAUCCAACUAUAUCAGAAGCUGAACGAACAUAUAUUGAAACUUCCAUUGGAGAGUCGCCUACAAUAAACGAAAGUAAAAUACCAAUUCCAUGGAGAAAAUUCUUUACAUCAUCACCUGUCUAUGCGAUAAUUGUUGCGAACUUUGCAAGAAGUUGGUCAUUCUAUUUAUUAAUUACAAAGUCACCAAAAUAUUUUCGUGAAGUAUUUGGUUAUAAUUUAGCUGAGACUGGAUUUUUGUCUGCAUUACCACACUUGGUAAUGGCUGUUAUUGUUCCUAUCGGUGGACAGUUGGCGGACAAAUUGCGAAAAAAUACAUUAUCAACAACGGCUGUAAGAAAAAUAUUCAACUGUGGAGGUUUUGGAAUAGAAGCGAUCUUUUUAAUUGGUGUUGGUUAUUCAAAAACAAUUACAUCAGCUUUAGUGUGUCUUGUUUUAGCUGUCGGAUUUAGUGGAUUUGCAAUAUCAGGUUAUAAUGUUAACCAUUUGGACAUUGCACCACGUUAUGCCAGUAUAUUGAUGGGUUUAUCUAAUGGUGUUGGAACAAUAUCUGGAAUGAUUUGUCCAAUUACAACAGAAUUACUUACUAAAAAUCAAAAUAAGGAAGGAUGGCCAAUAGUUUUUCUGAUAGCUAGUUUGGUUCACUUUGUUGGAGUUACAUUUUAUGCUAUCUUUGCAUCUGGAGAAAAACAACCUUGGGCAGAUGCACCUGAAGAAGCUCAAUGUAAUUGGCAACCACCAACAGAUUUACCAGCAGAGAUGAUGCAUGGGGAAUAUGGUUAUGCAGAUCCAACUGAAAGAAAAAAUAACAAUCUGUCUUUUCGAAGAGUGAGUAACCAAAGGAAUUCAUCAACUGAUAGUAAUCAAAUCUAUACUUCAAAUUCAAGAUAUACAACGGGUUAUAAUCAGUCCACUGUAAAUGACCCACUAGUAAAUUCUCAAGGUUACGGUUAUGGUGAAACUAUAAGUGGAACAACAAAGGGACAAAAUGUUAAUCCAUAUCAUCAAGGUUACUAAAGGUAGCACAAACAAACUUAAAAUCAAUAUCCCACUAACCAUAACAAUAUCAAGAGUUACUUAUAUUGACCAAUAAAUUACUGAAAAAGUAAUCCACUUAUAUUUCUGGAUAACCGAACAUAAUAUCACAGUUUGUUUGGAAUCGAAAUUUCUAUGAAAAAUUUUAACUAUUGUUAUCCAUAAAACUACUAAUCUUAAAAGAAGAACUUAAAGACAUGUUUACCUUUCCUAUUGAUCUGUUAUUAUAGAUUUUGUUUUUUUUCUUUUCAUCUUUGUAACACUUUUAUUUAUCAGUAAAUAUAUGUGCAUUAUUUGAUUUACAUGUUGCACACAAAAUAUGCAUAUUUAUUUCCUUAUUUAUUUAUUGAUUUCUAAACUUAAUAAUAAUUUGUCUUAAAAAUUUUUCCCUUUCAGUCACAUUGAUUAGCACAACUGUGAAAACCAAAUCUUUUAUUUAUUUAUUUAUUUAUUGGGAUCCGAAUGAAUAAAGCAUUUAUUAUUACUAUUACUAUCAUUAAUUAUUAUGGUAUGAAAUGAUGGUAUGGUAUAGUAUGGUAUGAAAUUGAUUUUCAACAUUUGAGUUAGGUUUUUUGUCAAUAAACUAUCAAAAUAAAGAGGAAAGUAAUAUCUUUUGACAGUUUCUAUUUCACUUCAUAUAUCCAUAUCUUAAAUUACCAUCAUUUCUUGGUUUCUUGUUAGUACCCUCCAAGGUUUGAAACGUUCCUUGUUUUGUUUGAUUUUGUUCUUAAACUUGAACAUCUAGUCUAAAGAGAUUGAUCUUAAUGAAAAAUAGGCAGUUUCUUAUUUCACUUCUAUAAAAUAGAUCCCAGUUGAAAUAUUCAUUUUAUUUAAUAAUAAUGAUAUGAUCUAUGUAGAUGCAUAUUCAUAGUACUAUACAUCAUACCUGUUUUUAACAUUAAAGGAUUUUUACUUUCUUUAUAAACAAUUUUAGAAAUUUAAAAUUUCCCAUAGAAUAUCCAAGUACAAAAAUAUAAUAAAGCGAAUGUUUGUUCCCAAUCAUUUCAUCAUUAGACUCACCAGUUCUAAUUAUCGUAUUAGAUUGGGCAAAAUAAGGAAUACGUAAGCUAAUUAAACAAUGGAAUCUGCUAAUAUAGUUAAAAUUUGCAUUAGUUAUUGCUUAAAUACGUUAAAAUUGUCUAAUUAAUUUAUGCUUGUUUUAUUUUGACCAUUGUAAUACAAUAAAUAUAGACUUAUAACUGUAGAACCUGUUGAUGAUGUUAUUGAACAAGCUUAUUCGCUUGAAAAUUGUUGUUUUCGAAUACGUUAUUCAUCUAGAUGAAACUUAUCACAUUGAAAUUAAUAAAUAUCAGUAAUUAUGAGCCCUCUUUUGAUACUUUAAGAAAAAUGAAUUUAUCUUAAAUUAGCCUUUCGCCCAAUGUUUGAUAUAUAUAUACUCUUUAAAACUUAUUUUAACACGAUAGAUGCAAUCGACUAAACAGUCAGUACAGUAAAUAACGAAUCUUAUUUGCCUCUGGACAGCUGCAAGAAACUAAGUAAGAAUAAUGACUUUUCUUUUGUGUAGUAUGUCAAAAAUUUAAAGUAAAAAUAUAACUUUUGGGUUUAUCAGCCAGACCACAUACAAAGUGAGAAACAACUUUGUGUGGUGCAUAUAUAUUUUGCUGACCUUCUAUGCCAAUGUUUAUGCGUUUAACAAAAUAACAAAUAAACUGUAUUUAUCAUAUAGUCAGUGUAUUCUCGAUGACGGGGUACGCACGUCUUUUUGGAAAUGAAUCCAUAUUGUGAAGGUAUGACCGAUUGGUGCCUGUCUAGAUUAUUGUGAGUUGUCGAAUUAACAAUGUACGUAGUUUUCCAAUUUACAUGAGGAGGUGCCUGACUCAAAGGACAGAUCCAACCCAGAUCAAUUUGUCAACUUUGGCGAAAGCUGGCCUAAUCACCCACGCUCUAGUCAACGCA